GACCGAAGGCAAAAAUAUCAAAAGUGCACCAUCCCCAUCGUGAAAGGGAGUGUAAAAGGAAAUGGUGCAAUCAGCUGCACAUGUACCUUCUUGAUCUUCAAAUCCUGAGGAAAAUUUCCCUUCAUUUUCUUCUUCUUACUAUCGCCAUUGGUAUUGAUGUUGUGAACUUUCAUGUUUAUGUUUUUAAUACCAUCAAAUAAAGCAUGUAUGAUAUAUAAACGCCUCUUUGUGCAUUAGAUAUAAACUAGACAUCAUGUCUGUUGCAAUAAGGAUUUUUUAAUUUGAGUGGCGAAAUGCUCUUACCAAGGAUUUCUCUGCUGUUAUUACGAUUCCAAAGUAUCCCGUAGUAGACGGGAAUACUUCAAUAGCACGAGACAGAAAUGAUCCCUCUCGUCACACAACACAAUUACUCUCACGUAAUUACUCAGUAAUCAGCUUCCCUGUUCUCUGUCUUUUGAAGCUUCGGUCACGAAAAAUGAAAUAAUCUAAGCAUGAUUCCAAUAAGAUGGAACCUAUAAAUGAGUUCUCGGCGUAUCUGGGCAUCAUUUCCUGGCAGGUAACGAGGUGAGAGUUCUCAGAUCUCGCUCGGAAUACCGGUUGGAGAAAUGUUGGCAUCGUCUCGCCCACUGUUUCCCAAUUCGGUUCUCCAUCCCUUAACUGCAUGCACCGCAUGUGUACCUAGUGGUAGAGAAGCCACUUACCGACUGAAGCCGCGGCAGAGAGUCAUCAAAAGGAGGAGUGACAGAUAUGAGUUCUACUGUUGCUACUGUAGUCAUGGAGAUGAUAUUUUCAGCGACGCCAUUUCACAUGUUAUCUACAGCCAUAAACACCUAGCUAUCCGACUGGGUCAGAGGUCAGACCCAGAGAAUCAUGGGACAUCACUUCUCUACAUACGACAGUGGGAUGUAAUUCCGAAUUCUGUCCUCUCAGAGGGUCAAAGCAUCAAAGUCAACAAUGAUACGGAACAAGUGGAAAUCUGUGAACCAGUUUACAAAGCAUAAGAUGGGUGUAUACACUCCAGAACACAUAAACUAAUAAUCAAUUCUAAAUAUUUACAUUCUACUGUGUUUUUCCAUUAAUUUCUGUCGUCUUUAAAUGCCGCUAAUGCAACAACCUAAUCACUGGGUAUGAAUAUACAUGUAACAUACACAAGUAGUACCCAAACAUUGAUCUCUCAAAUAUUUGUUUAAAAAUAUGUUUCAUAUAUGUUUGUACAACAGGUUGUUUUACAAUUAAUUAAUGAUAAAAUUGACUCUAUUGUUAAAA